AUGCUGCUGCUUGCAGAGUUUCCAGGACUGCGGGCUCCGCCCCUCCCCCAAGUCCUGGCUGGGUCCAAAGGCGGUGGAGGCGCCACCCAGGGGACGGGGGUGGGUCGCGGGCCCCGCCCCGCGCAGCCUUGUGUGCACUGCCGCGGUAGUUCCAAUGCCCGCGCCACCUCUGUGAGCGUUGCUACCCCGAGGUGCAAGACAGGGUCCUUGCGUUCCGGAAAGGGCUCGGGCAGAAAAGAGAAGUCCAGUUCCGCUGCACCGGGCAGCACACAGCAGACAGAACACACACACGAUCCCGAGUCCUCCUCGCAGCCCAGCCCUUCAGAGUCGUUGAACUACAAAGCGAUUCCAAGCCACUCCGAGUUGUUCGCAGCCUCGGUGGGCAAUGUAGACUGGCUUCGGUUCUGCCUGAAUCGGGAGCGCAAGGAGAUCACAGUCGACGACAAGGGCUUCACAGCCAUCCACUUCGCAGCGCAGAGAAGCAAGCUUUCCUGCCUUCAGGUCUUGAUAGAAGAGUACAAGUUCCCUGUGGAUUUGCCUACCAACAACGGCCAGACGCCCCUGCACCUAGUCAUCCAUAAAGACAACAAGUCGGACAUCCUCCCCUGCAUUGACUACCUGCUUAAGAAAGGGGCAGCCAUCAACUCUAAGACAUGCCAUGGCUCUACCCCCUUGCACCUGGCUGCCCGCAAUGGCCUGCUGGGAUGUAUGAAGGUCCUGGUGCAGAAUGGGGCCAAUGUGCACGCCCAAGAUGCCAUGGGCUGCAAGCCCUUCGACUACUGCAAACUCUGGAACCACCGCAGCUGUGCCCGGUUCUUGAAGGAUGCCAUGUGGAAACAGAACAAGAAGGACUUUGCCCGAGAAAUGGGGAAACUGAAGACCCUGAAGAGGAAGCUGACCGUUUUGGAGCGCCGCUACCUGACUGAGUAUCAAAAAGAACAACAAAUUCUGAGAGAGGCCCAUUUCAGAACAUGGCUCCAAGGCAAGCUGCAGAGCCGGCCCCAGAGCUCCGCUGGACCCAAACAAGAGGCCAGUGUCCAACCUUGGUCAUUGGCCCUCUCCCAGACUCUAAGAUCCCAGUUUAUCAAAAGCUUCCCGACUUUUCCUUCCGUGGAGGCUCAACUGCAAAGCUUGCCCUCACCUGUGGUGACACCCAAGCCCAUCUACAAGCAGCAGAGCACCAUCAGUCGGCCCAAGUUGUGGAAUCUUAGCAAUAACCCCGUCAGCUCCCCCAUCACAAAGAUCGACUGUCCUCAGGGUAUACGCCUGGGCGUGCACCCAGACCCCUGCAAGGAGCAUGACUUCUGUAGAUUCGUGGAGGUGACUCGGAAUUCCCUGGGAGGUGCAUGCCUGUACACAGUGGACAACCACUCAGUGACACCUGUACCCCGGCUGCCUUUUGAGGUGAUGGUCCGGGUGCUGUACCCCAAGGCUCAACCCUACAGGAUGAAAGUGCCCCAGGGCUUAUAUCCACUUGACAUCCUCAAAGUGCCCCAGAAACGGCAUUUGGGAGAUACCUGUAGCAAUGCAUUGGCUAUGAGCCUGCGUGAGACCUUUGAUGAACCCUUCCUGGCUACCCUGAAAGCUUGCCCGGCUGGAGGGGCCCCGCCCUCCAAGGGAGUUCUCACAUAAAGUUGUUUUGGAACCCUC